AUGCGCCACGUGAGGCGGCUUUCGCUACCAGCAAGCCUCAACAGCCCUCGCCUCGUGACAAUUGAUGACACACACCAAGCCAAAGUCAAAAAGAUUAACCAAUAUCUUUGUUUGUGCAAACUUGGCUCAGGUGCAUCAUCAAAAGUUUAUUUAGCACAAGAUACAGUCACAAACGAAUACUAUGCUCUUAAGAUGUUCAAAACCUCCGAAUUAUCCAAGACAGGAAAUGGUUUACAAACUCUUGAGCGAGAAAUUCGCAAUAUGAGGUUAGUAAAACACAAAAACAUUAUUCGUAUGAAAGAAGCUUUACAUUCAAAAGAUGAAGGCAUUGCCUGCAUUGUUUUUGAAUGGGCAGAUUGCGGAAGUAUAGAAAAUUUAAUAGAACGUGGAUUUAUUCUUGACGAACGCGUUAUCUCACGUAUUUUCUACCAGAUUGUUACAGGGUUGCAGUUUCUUCACGAUCAAGGAAUUGUUCAUCAGGAUAUUAAGCCAUCAAAUGUACUUAUUUUUUCUGACGGCUCUGUGAAAAUCUCAGAUUUUGGAAUCGGACAUCGUUUCCAAUCGGCAGAUACUGUUGUUGGAACUCCGGCAUAUCAAGCUCCAGAAGUUUUUGGCAGCGAAGAAGAGCCAGAGGAAGAGAACCUUGACGAAGAGCCACUGGAUCCGUGCAAGGAAGACGUCUGGAGCCUAGGAAUAUCACUUUACCAGACAAAAUUCUUAAGGUUACCAUAUACAGGAGCAAACGUAUACGAAAUAGCAAGCAUGAUAAGAACUACAGAUCUAGAGAUCCCACCUGAUGUUUCUCCAGAGCUCAAAGACUUGAUUACGCACAUGCUUACAGUUGAUCCCAUGAAACGAUACUCUUUACAUGAAGUUGCUGCCCACCCAUUCAUUCAGAGAGGUGAGAAGCCUAUUCCGUUGCCGAUUAGGAAGAAACCUCCGCCAAAACCUUCCCCAGAAUUUGCUAUUCAUAACAUUAGUGCUGUUGUAUGCGAUGACGGUUACUCUUUCGGCUAUGAAGAGGCAAACCGUUGGUGGUGCCCUCCAAGGACACUAUCCCGCAAUUAA